ACAGAAUCUGGUGAUUAUGGGUAAGAAGACUUGGUUCUCCAUUCCUGAGAAGAAUCGACCUUUAAAGGGUAGAAUUAAUUUAGUUCUCAGCAGAGAACUCAAGGAACCUCCACAAGGAGCUCAUUUUCUUGCCAGAAGUCUGGAUGAUGCCUUAAAACUUACUGAACAACCAGAAUUAGCAAAUAAAGUAGACAUGAUUUGGAUAGUUGGUGGCAAUUCUGUUUAUAAGGAAGCCAUGAAUCACCCAGGCCAUCUUAAACUAUUUGUGACAAGGAUCAUGCAAGACUUUGAAAGUGACACCUUUCUUCCAGAAAUUGAUUUGGAGAAAUAUAAGCUUCUACCAGAAUACCCAGGUGUUCUCUCUGAUGUCCAAGAGGAGAAAGGCAUUAAGUACAAAUUUGAAGUAUAUGAGAAGAAUGAUUAAUAUGAAGGUGUUUUCUGGUUUAAGUUGUUCCCCCUCCCUCUAAAAAAAAUACCAUUUAUGAAACAUUCUUGCUAUAAAUAAGUGCUUCCCCAAGACCCCAACUGAGUCCCCAGCACCUGCUACAGUGAGCUGCCUUUCCACACCCAUCACAUGUGACACUCUUGCCAGUCCUUGACAUUGUCGGGCUUUUCAAAUGUUGGCAAUAUUUAUUAAAGGUGAAGAUCCACAUACCCUUCAACUGAGCAGUUUCGCUAGUGGAAAUACCAAAAGCUUCCUACGUGUAUAUCCAGAGGUUUGCAGAUAAAUGUUGCAGCCUUGUUUGUAACAGUGAAAAAUUGAAAACAACCUGGAAGUCCAGUGAUGGGAAAAUGAGUAUGUUUCUGUCUUAAAUUGGGAAACCCAAAGUAGAUUCCAAGACUGAAAUUUCAGUGAAAGCAGUUUAUUUGCUAGGUCAUACCAGAAACCGUCAGUUGAGGUAUGGAAAAACUGAACUGAGAAGGUAAGAAAACCAGUUUAAAGUCAGCAAGCAGGUUCUCACUGGUAACAAGCUCCAUACUGCUGAGAUACAGGGAAAUGGAAGGGAGAAAACUGGAGUAUUGAUUCCCCUCUCUCCUUGGUUGUCAGCUCUCUGUCCUGUGUGUGGGCGGAAUGUACUCCAGCUGCUCUAUAGCAAGUCCCAGGUGUUUGCAGUAAGAAGCUGCUGGCAUGCACGGGAACAGCGAAUGCCAAACACUUAAAGCAAUUCAUGUUUAAGUAU